AUGUAUAGGCAGGUGAUGGUCGACCGUCGUGACAUCGACUAUCAGAGAAUCAUUUGGCGCACCAAUGCCAACGAUCCAAUUGAACACUACCGACUGCUUACCGUGACAUACGGUACAGGAUGUGCGGCCUACCUUGCAAUUGAAGCUCUUGUACGUGCGGCGAGGAGUUCCUCCAGCAUCUAUCCAAGCGCAGCCGAACAUAUCAUCGAGGAUCGGUACGUGGACGACCUGAUGCCAGGAGCUGAUUCCCUUGAAGAAGCGUGCACCCUGAGAAAACAAAUAGUGCAAAUACUAGAUGCAGCGGGAUUCCCCUUACGGAAGUGGACUACGAACCAGCCAGCAUUGCUCGAAGAUGUCAGUGAAGCUCAAAUUGAAGCCGUUCCUCUGCAGCUCAACGGUGAACGAAGCGUAGUCAAGGCACUGGGCGUGCAGUGGCUGCCAUACGAAGACGUUUUUAUCUUCAAGGUCUGCCUUCCAGAGGAAGUAGGUGUAACCAAAAGGCAGCUCCUAUCAGAAUCGUCGAGGCUUUUUGACCCCUUUGGAUGGUUAUCUCCGGUCAUUAUCAAGGCGAAGAUCUGCUACCAACAAACGUGGUUGUACGAUUUGCACUUCGACGAUCCUCUUCCUGAAGCGGUUUUGCAAGAAUGGCUGGAUUUAAGGAACAACCUCAAUCAACUGGAACAGGUACGCAUUUCACGGUGGAUACCCAACCACAAUGGGCACAUUCAGCUGUUGGGCUUUUGCGACGCCUCUGAGACGGCCUAUGCAGCAGUGGUUUACGCGAGAUCAAUAGACGGUGAAGGUGAGGUACAUGUCCAGCUUUUUGCUGCAAAAACGAAGCUGGCACCUGUGAAACAAGUAACGCUCCCUAGACUUGAACUCAACGCAGCGGUUCUACUGACCGAUCUAAUGCAAAAGCUGUCUCUUUCGCUCGGUCAUUUGCAAGUGGAGUAUCGCGCUUGGACUGACUCGACAAUUGUGCUACAAUGGCUCUCUGCCCUACCUCGGCGGUGGAAGACGUAUGUGGCAAAUAGGACAUCGGCCAUUCAGGAGUUCAUGCCGCGGAAUCGAUGGAACUACGUAUCAAGCAAGGAGAAUCCGGCGGACUGUGCAUCGCGUGGAAUGUCACCAACAGAACUAGUGAACUACAGCCUGUGGUGGCGAGGCCCAGCAUGGCUCUGCGAAGAUGAAUCAGCAUGGAGUUCAUCAAACCCGGGACUUGUUGCGGAUGAAGAUCUCCUCGAGGAAAGGACAAAGGAAUUUUCUACAUUUCUGACCUCAGUCGAACGUCCAGGAACAACCUUCGAAAUUGAAUCAGCAAUUCUUCAGCGACCAUCAAAACUGAACUCGGCGGUCCGAGUUCUGGCUCAAGUCAAGAGAGCUGUAAAGCCGCGUCGUUCCAGACCAAACGGGUUCUUGACUGUGGACGAACUUCGCUCGGCAGAUUCUGCAAUGAUUCGUUUAGCGCAACGUGACGAGUUUGGCAAUGAGAUUCAGCGUCUCAAUCAAGGCAAGGAGGUUUCGCGAAAAAGUAGGCUCAGGCAGUUGUUCCCGUUCGUUGACGGAGACGGCAUUCUGCGGGUUGGAGGCAGACUUCAGAACUCCCCCAUAUCGUAUGACAGGAAACACCCCAUCAUUUUGCCAAAGACCCAUCGUUACACGCGUCUGCUGGCGGAGCAGAUUCAUGUGGAGAAUCUGCACUGUGGUCCAUCACUUCUAAUUGCUACUCUGAAUCAGCGGUUUUGGAUUUUAGGUUGCAGUACUGUGACUCGGCAGGUGGUCAAGGAUUGCGUAACCUGUGUUCGUCUAAAGGGACAGACAGCAUCUCAGCUGAUGGGGAAUCUGCCAGCUAUACGAACCACACCAACACGAGCAUUCACUCACGUGGGUGUUGAUUAUGCCGUUCUUGUCAAAUCCAGUCAUCUGCGAGGAUCAAGGACUACGAAAGGCUACAUCUCAGUUUUCAUUUGUCUGUCAACGAAAUCCGUCCAUCUCGAGGCAGCAGGCGACCUCUCCACGAACUCCUUUUUGAUGGCCCUCAAACGUUUUGUGGGAAGACGAGGACUCUGUUUGGAACUUUGGUCAGACAACGGUACCAACUUUAUUGGUGCUAGCAACCAGCUCCAAGCUAGCACCGACAUUGAAGCCAACGAGGAUUUGAAGGAGGUUUACGAACUGGUGCAGUCAAUGCCACACUACGAAGCGGUGGUGCAGUUUCUGGCGAAUAAGGGCAUCAAGUGGCAGUUCAUCACACCGUCAUCCCCUCACAAAAGAGGGAUCUGGGAAGCGGCGGUGAAAAGCGCCAAAAAGCAUCUUCGAGCUGUUAUCGGUAAGGAGCCACUCACAUUUGAAGAGUUAGUACAGACAGAGGCAUGCCUGAAUUCUCGGCCGCUCUGUGCUAUAUCCGCGGACCCAGGUUGUGUAGAACCACUCACACCGGUUCAUUUCCUAAUUGGCCAACCUCUCAAUUUGAUCCCGGAGCAAGGAAUCAAGCAUCUUCCAGUUAACCGUUUGGACAUGUACCAAAGACUUCAGAGGUACACCGAUGAGAUUUGGCGCCGUUGGCAGGACGAGUAUCUGGCCACUCUUCAGUCUCGUCACAAAUGGUCCGGUACCCAACCAAAUCUGAAAGUAGGACAGUUAGUCACAAUUAAGAACGAGAACCUACCACCAUCACAAUGGGAGAUGGCCAGAAUCUCGGAGGUUCACCCCGACAAGGAAGGCAGAGUUCGGACCGUUACCCUUCGUCGCGGUCAAACGGAGCUUCAGCGUUCGGUGAGCAAGAUGUGCCCAUUGUUGGAUAAUUGA